CCGGCUGGAGCUGGAGGAGACAGAAGGGCGGUGGCACUAGGACAGUACGCGCGCGCUCCGUGGGCUUACUAUAAUAUCGAGUAUUCCAGUGUUGCGGGAAUAAAUUGUCUCGUAGUGCCGUAAUUGGUGUACCUAAGACAGCUCCAGAGUGCCAGGUGAAUAAGGAAAAACUAUAUAACACAGUUCUACAGGCUGUGUUUGGUAAGACUUCCAUCACCACUCAUUCUACCUGAGCACUGCUGUGGCCACCCACAACUGAGAAGUGGUGUUUGGUCACUGUUACUUGAGACAUACUUUGUCUGUUCACCUGAGCUGUGACAUUUGGGCAUAUUGAUUAAGGACCACCUGACAGGCAUACCAGUGUCUACCAUCUUCUUUACUGGGAUAAGUGUGCCGUGAGUGACAACAUGGGGACAGCAGUGAGGUUUCUGGUGCUGUUGAUACUGAUCUGCAUUGGUGAGGCACGCCAGUGUUACAACUGUACUGGUGACUGUGUCAGGUAUUCGGAGUGUAAGGGUUCAUGCUACACUUCUGUACGUGAGCUAGGUGGUGAUGAGGUUCGCAGCUGCAUUGAGGAUACUGAGGAGACCCAUUGCAUUCCAGAAGAAAAUAAUGGAGUGUUGUACAAGACAUGCUACUGCAACACUGAGCUAUGCAACCCUGCCUCUACUCCAGUCCAUCUAGACAUUUCACUGUUUCUUGUCAUAUGUGUUCCACUUCUCCUAAGGAUGAGGUAAAAGCUGUCUAUAUUCUGCAGAGGUGAGGAAGAACUUGACUGAUAUGUUGAUGGAUGAAAACAAUGGGCAAAAAUGCAUAGAAAUUAUGUUUUAUGAUUUAAUAACAGCUGUAUGAAUAUUUUGAUGAUAGUGGUAACUUUAAUAACUGCAUUGAUAUCAAUACAGUAUAUAAUAUGUAUACAAAGUGUGAUAAAAAAGUUUUGAUGAUUUUAGUGACACUGUACUCUGUUUAAUUGAGCUGCAGAUGGGUAUUUCAGUUGUCCCAUCCACUCACUUGUUGAAAUAUUUCCAUCGCAGCAGCUUUCUUUUACUGAUGCAUUUCUGGACUUUCAUUACUUGGGAUUGAUGUCUUCAGUGUUACUAUUAUAUUGUUUGAUCACAAACUCCAGUUUAGGUAAUACGUAUCUUAAAAUUACAGAGGGCAAAGUCAGGUGAAUAAAGUAGAUGUAUAACUAAUUCAAGCAUUUUUUAGGCAAGAAAUUACAGGAGAAUGUUUUCUGUAUGGCAGGCAUGUUGUCGUGGUGAAGCACACCACUCAUACAGUUGUAAGGGAAGGAAAAAUUCAGUCCUGAAGAAUUGGCUGUGGAUGCUGCAAAUCAGAUGGCAGAAAAAGACAGGCAGUCUAGAGUAGAAUAGUUAUAUAUAUAUAUAUAUAUAUAUAUAUAUAUAUAUAUAUAUAUAUAUAUAUAUAUAUAUAUAUAUAUAUAUAUAUAUAUAUAUAUAUAUAUAUAUAUAUAUAUAUAUAUAUAUAUAUAUAUAUAUAUAUAUAUAUAUAUAUAUAUACACACAUAUAAGGCUAUAUGGCUUUUGCACAAAAAUGAAGGUGGUAUGUUAGGAUUAAUUUGUUUUUAUUUUACCAAAAUGAUGAAAUUUAUAUACCAUUAAAAGAUUUCUUGAACAAGUUCAUUAUGAUAUAGUACAAUAAUGUUUACUUCAUAAAAUGUUUAAUUUUGAAUAUUUUAUUAUGAAUCAAUUGAUGGCUAGAUUACACAAAUAGGACCCAUUAAGCUUGAAUGUAUGGAGAGAUCAGUAAUUGAUCAGGAGUAAUUUUUCCACUGAUACUGUGUACGUCAGAAGACUUGGGUAUGUUUUAUUAAUUUGUAUACAUAUGUACGAGUACAUAUGAGAUGCCCUGCAUGAGAAGGGCUGUUCAUUUUACCCAAACCAAAUUGAGAUUGAUGGUUAUAGUGUUUUAUUUAGGUCUUAAUUUUCUUGUAGGAAUAAGUGAGAGUCUUUGGAUAUUGCAGGUAAGGCUGAAAAUCACUCAAAUGAGAAAAGCAGACAUGAUAUGCUGCUAAGCAAUUUUUGCAUUAGAUAGAGUGCCCUGCUAGAAUAAGUAGCUCUUAUAGUUAAAAAUAUUUCCACCUUAGAACAAUGCCUUAACUAGUGCAGGGCUGUGUGAUUACUAGCCAGUCAGAGCAGUCUCCCAGCUCUCAUUGCAUUACAGCUCUCAGCCAAUGGGAGAGUUUUGGCACUCUUGGCAGACAAGCAUAUGAUAAUUUUGCUCUUUUCACGUUGUACCAGUGAAACUAUAAUGAGAGUUGUUGGGUGAGUGGCCUUCAUGCUGCUGUAUGGUCCUUUGUACUGGUUUAUAUUUUUAUUAUUUUUUUUCCACUUUAUUAAUAUCAACAUUGUUUGUUUUGAUUAUUUGUUCAAAUUUUUUUGCUAAACAUUAUCACCAUGUGCAAGAUUAACUAACAACUCUUAAAAUUUGGCAAAACUUCUGAAACCACAACAUGAGCUGCAAGAACAGUGCAAAA